CAGUAAACGGUGCUCACGAUAGAUGUCAGGCGCGAGUCACGUGAAUUAAAUAGUGGAUAUCGUUGCAAAGCUGAAGCGGGGGCGUGCUAAAUUUCGGCUGCUAAAUCUUGUUUGGCUGUCAUUGAUCGGUAUUUAGGACAUAGCGAAACAUGACGGAAUACUGGCUAAUAUCUGCUCCUGGAGACAAAACUUGCCAGCAGACAUGGGAAACGUUGAAUAAUCUGACCAGUAAACAGAACAAUGUAUCUGUAAACUACAAAUUCCAUAUUCCAGACCUGAAGGUUGGGACAUUGGAUCAGCUGGUUGGUUUAUCUGAUGAUUUAGGAAAACUAGACAGUUAUGUUGAACAAGUGACCAGGAAAGUAGCAGCCUAUCUUGGUGAAGUACUGGAAGACCAAAGAGACAAACUCCAUGAAAACCUUCUGGCAAAUAAUAGUGACCUACCUGGAUACAUCACACGUUUCCAGUGGGAUAUGGCAAAGUAUCCCAUCAAACAAUCCUUGCGGAACAUCGCUGACAUCAUCAGUAAACAAGUAGGUCAGAUAGAUGCUGAUUUGAAAACGAAAUCUACUGCUUAUAAUAAUUUGAAAGGCAACCUACAGAAUCUGGAGAAGAAACAGACUGGAAGUCUACUGACACGAAAUCUUGCUGAUUUAGUGAAGAAAGAGCACUUCAUAUUGGAUUCUGAAUACCUUACUACCCUACUGGUUAUUGUACCAAAAAUAAUGUUCAAUGAAUGGAAUCAGAACUAUGAGAAGAUUACAGAUAUGAUUGUACCUCGAUCAAGCCAGUUAAUUUACCAGGACUCAGAUUUUGGCUUGUACACAGUGACUUUGUUCAAGAAAGUUGUGGAUGAAUUUAAACUCCAUGCUCGGGAGAGAAAGUUUGUCGUGAGAGAUUUUACGUACAAUGAGGAAGAACUAUUAGCUGGGAAAAAUGAGAUGACAAAAUUGGUUACAGACAAAAAGAAACAAUUUGGCCCAUUAGUACGCUGGCUCAAAGUCAACUUCAGUGAAUGUUUCUGUGCGUGGAUACAUGUUAAAGCACUCAGAGUGUUUGUAGAAUCUGUUCUAAGGUAUGGGCUGCCAGUGAACUUUCAAGCCAUGCUGCUACAUCCACACAAAAAAAGUACCAAGAGGUUACGAGACCUCUUAAACCAGUUGUAUGGGCAUUUAGACAGCAGUGCUUCACAAGGCCUGGGGGCACAUGACAGUGUGGAGAUACCAGGACUUGGAUUUGGCCAUGCUGAGUAUUACCCAUAUGUUUAUUACAAAAUUAAUGUUGAUAUGGUUGAUACUAAAGUGUAAAAAGCUUUUCUGUAAUAUUGCCAACUCAUUACGGAUAGUAUUAUGUACAGCAAAUAAGGGAAGUUGGUAUGUGUUCGUUUUUUUUAAAUGUAAAAGCUUCUCCAGAACAUUCCACAUUGUAUCAGACAUUAUUUCUGUGUAGAUGGCACAGUGCUGCCAGUAUUCUUGUAGUAGUGACAUUCAGUCUUCCACUGGAACGUUAGUAUUUAAAAUAAAUUGUAUGUUAGAUCAUCUGAAAUGCAGCAAGCUGAAACUGUGUGUACAUUGUCUGCAGCACAACUUCAAGUUUUUACUUCCAGGAAGCUUUUCACUUUAAACCUAAAAAAGAAAUGCUCUCCAUGCAUCUGCCUUGCCGUUGAGAUAUCAAACGUUAAUUAUUUGUUAUUGGAAUAUUUUAUAAUCAAAUAACAGUAGUACUUUAACUUCCCAAAGGAAAGGAACCGGAUUCCAAAUUGGAUUUUAUUAAUGAUAAUCUGUGGAAUCUCACUCAAUACUCCUGCUUCAUAUAAUAUCCUCACCUUUCUUAUCUCUCUUAAUUACAGUUUUAUCUUAUGUUUAUAUUUAUUGCAUAAUUUACUAGAUUUUAUUGAAGACCAUACCACAUUGCCAAUAAAAACUAAAACAUGCUUCAACUUGUCAUAUAUGAUCACUCAGUUUUAGUUACUAACUACAAAAAAGUGUCUUCCAUAGUCAGCAGUAUGCAGAGCAUUCUUUUUUAUUGGAAGUGUGUACAUAAAAAUAACUUGACAGUUAUGAGGGAUUGGUGUUACAACUCAGUGUGGAGUGCUGGAGGAAGUUAUAUGGUAGGGCACCUUUCUCCUUAUGUAAUAUAUUGUAGAUAUUUUAAAUUUUGUUGUUACUUGUUGUAGAAGCGAUGUUUAGACUGUUCAUUAGUGCUCCGGUGCCUGGAUCCAGUACAUGGAUAACUGUUGGUUUUGGUCAGGACUAAUUUAUUGUAAAUUUUUGGUAAGCACAAGAGUACAGCCAUGAAGUCAAAUGUGUAAGAUACGGUUGCAAGUUAAAUGUUUUAUCUCUGAUCAUUGAAGUCCCUCUUUCCGUGGGUAUGUUACCCAUAGAUUGUACAGUGAAGAAUUUGUGGUUCUGUUCAUUCAUUUGUAAAUAACAUUCCAAGUUGUGAAGUAAAUAUGCAAUGCCAGUGUUGUCAAUAAAUUAAAGAGAUUUCCUGAAUA